UGGGCUGGUCAUGGUGCUUGGGGUGGACCUUGGGCCGGUCAUGGUGCCUGGGCUGGUAAUGGUGCUUGGGCUGGGCCAUGGGCUGGUCCCGCUGCUGUCGAUGUUAGCGGUGCUUGGGGUCAUGGUUAUGGUGCAUGGGGCGGCUAUCCCGGUAUCUCCCUAAGCCAAGGACCUGGUUUGGCUCAUGGUGCUCAUGGACCCGGUGUAUACGUUGCCAAGACUCGUGGUGCUGUUCACACCGCUCCUUUGGCUGGUCAUCUUAACUCUGCCACUUCUGUGAAUGUGGCUCCUGCUCCUGGUACACAUUAA